UCACGAGAGUUAGGGUCGCGCUCUUGCACAUUCCCGAUUCUCCCCCUCUCUCUCUCGCUCUCUCUCUCUUCCAGGUACACGCCCUUUGACUUGUGAGGGGGAAAAGUUUUAAGGACAGGAAAAAAAAAAAACCUAAAUCACGGAAGAGAUUCUGCAGUCCUACUAGUUUGGCAAGUUCUCUGGGCGCAAAGCAGCGUAGCAGGGUGAAGAAGAGGGCAGAAACUCAACUUUGCGCACAUUUAUACACUUCUUUUGUCCUCCAGGCUUUACACGAGAAAGAAAAGUCAUGGAGGGUGCAAUUCAGACCAUGGUGAAGGUCUUCCUGAAGUCAUCCAAAGGAAAGGAGAGUCUAGGGAAGAAAGAAUUCCAAAAUCUUGUCUCAUCCCAGCUGGGAAACAUCCUUACGGACACAGACAGCAAAGAGGCGAUAGACAACAUGGGUAAGGGGCUGGAUACCGAUCAGGAUGGCAAGGUUGGCUUUGAGGAGUUCCUGAAGCUAGUCGGCUAUGUGGCCUGCUCACUGAGCGAGCAGCGUGCCCUCGCCAAAGAUGAGCCUGCACAGAAUUCUGCAUCUGCACAAGUGGCACAAAGCACUCCCAACAAUGAGGAUCAAAAGCCAGAAGCAAACAAGGAAGCGAAUCCAGAGGUGAACGAAGAAGUAAAGGCAGCAACUACUGAAGUGAAGGUAGAAGCAAAUGCAGAUGCAAAGGCAGAAGUAAAGGUAGAAGCAAAGGCAGAGGGGCAGACACAGCCGGAGGCAGCAAAGGAAGCAGCAGUGGCGGCGGCAGGAGAAGCAGCUGCAAAAGCAGGAGAAGCAGCCGUAAAAGUGGAGGUAAAGGUGGAGGAAGCUGCAGACAAGCUCCCUGCUGCUGUGAAGGAAGAAGUGGAAAAGAAGACUGAGGAGGCGGCCUCAUAGGGGACAAUUCAUCCUUCACCAAACAAAGAAAAAAUGAAAGAAAUCACACUACACACAUUCAAAACACUACACAAAACGCAGCCUUAAUAAUGCUAAAAUGGAUUGAAAAGCCACUAAUGAUUUUAAAAAGUAUGUUUAAAAUACACAACUUUGAAAUAAAACAAUAUUGGGAAAAGUUCAAACACUACAAAACCAAAAAAAAUGAAACAUUCCUUUUAUAAGAUAAAUAAUUAUUGCUUUGUACUACUAGUUACCACUAUGUCCAUAUGUACAGCAUGUGCAUCCCACUAUAUAGCACAUUUACCUCAUUAUGAUAAUAUACUAUGAUAGCAUGCGGACGUACGCUGUCCUGUGCAUGUCCCUGUGAAAACUUUACUGCACACGCGACCAAUGUGUCGCUCUAACUUAAUACGCCACUGCCAAUGAGACGUUUAGUUUAAAUCCAAACCUUUUCCCAGUUUUGUCUCUGUGUGGGUUUCCUUCACAGUUGUGCCAUGUAGUCCUUUGGGUCCUUGCUGAAACAGGAGUAGAUUCAAUCUUAAAGGAAUAGUUUGACAUUUUAGGAAAUACACAACUAACAGCCAAUAAUUUCUAUGUGUUAGAAAGCUUUGCUUUGGCCAAAGAAACAUCUGCCAGCAUCAAAAAGCUCAAAAAUAACUUUUUACAUCCUUUUUAUUAGGUAAAUACAAUCACAGUAUCUGUUGUUUAGUGGUAAAAAGGAACUAGGAGCUAGCCAUUUUCCUCUGCUUGUGCUAACUUUGAUUGUUUUGCCAUACAGACCCUAGUUUUCUCCUCAGCCACUCUUUUAAGUGCAUUUCUGAACAUGUCAAACUGUUCCUGUAUUGGGUGCAUGAAAAUCUGUCAGUACAUUUUUAUUAACAUACUUGUGCUGUGGAGCUGAUUUAGCAUGACAAUAAACAAAAGUGUUUUGCUGAUGCUUUGCAUUA